UUCGUUUGUGGAGAAGGAAGGCGCUAGGGCCCCCGGGAGUGCGAAGUCGGCGUGGUUCUGUGACCACAGAGGCCGGUUGCGUACUAAUUUCCUCCAGAGCUUGCGAUGCAGUCAGUAAAACCACAGCCUGCAGCACGCUCGGCUCGGCGGCAGCAGCGGCGGCGUGCCGGGAAGGGGGUCUCGGCCAUGACACACAUCUGACAUGCCCUCCCCCAGGCCCCUCGGAGACGGUUUCUCUCGCUCUGCAGCAUGGACCAGAGAGAAGCUCUGCAGAAGUUCCUGCACGAGGCCCAAAGCAAGAAAAUCCACAAAGAGGAAUUGGCCGAUGAGUUUCUGAAGCUGAAAAGGCAAUCCACCAAGCAUAAGACAGACAAAACCUUCCCCACAACUGUGGCUGAGAGGCCCGCGAAUCUCAAGAAAAACAGAUAUAAGGAUAUUUUGCCCUAUGAUCAUAGCCUAGUCGAGCUAUCCCUGAUAACCUCUGAUGAGGAUUCCAGCUACAUCAAUGCCAGCUUCAUUAAGGGGGUUUAUGGACCCAAGGCUUACAUUGCCACCCAGGGUCCCUUGCCUACAACCCUGCUGGACUUCUGGAGGAUGGUUUGGGAACACAGCGUGCUGAUUAUUGUCAUGGCGUGUAUGGAGUUUGAGAUGGGAAAGAGAAAGUGCGAGCGCUACUGGGCUGAGCCAGGCGAGACGCAGCUGCUGGUCGGCCCCUUCUCAGUGUCCUGUGAAGCUGAAAGAAGGAAAUCUCAUUAUAUAAUCAGGACUCUGAAAGCCAAGUUCAACGGGGAAACUCGAACAAUCUACCAGUUUCAUUACAAGAACUGGCCAGACCAUGAUGUGCCUUCGUCUAUAGACCCUAUCCUGGAACUCAUCUGGGACGUGCGUUGCUACCAAGAGGGCGACAGUGUUCCCAUCUGCAUUCACUGCAGCGCUGGCUGUGGAAGGACUGGUGUGAUCUGUGCCAUUGAUUAUACGUGGAUGUUGCUAAAAGAUGGGAUAAUUCCUGAUAACUUCAGUGUUUUUAGUUUGAUCCAGGAAAUGAGAACCCAGAGACCAUCACUAGUUCAAACUCAGGAACAAUAUGAACUGGUCUACAGUGCUGUGUUGGAGCUGUUCAAGAGACACCUCGAUGUCGUCAGAGAUAAAUACACCGGAACAGAGGUUCAAGCAAACUAUUCAAUUACUGAGCAAAAUCCCAUUCUACAUGCAGGCUCUCAUCCCCCAAAUUUACCCAAAAACACCAUAAAAGAAGCAAGAAUGAUGAAGCAACAGAGCAAACAGAGGGCAAAGGCAGAAAAUGCAGAAGCUUCUUCCUUUGACUUUAGGACUUCUGAAAUCAUUGCAAAGGAGAGGUUGGUUUCGCACCCUGAGAAACUGAAUGCUUCCUUUGAUUUCUUGGAGCUAAAUUAUGAUUACAACAGAAAUGCUGACACAAGCAUGAAACGGCAGACAAAGGCGUUUCCAAUAGUUGGGGAGCCUCUUCAGAAGCAUCAAAGUUUGGACUUCAGCUCCAUUUUCUUUGGGGCAUGUCCUAAUUCCAAACCUGUAGAUGCAACAGGAAGAUAUUUUAAUUCAAAGGGACCGGUGGUACGGACCAAAUCAACUCCCUUUGAACUAAUACAGCAGAAAGAAACCAAGGAAUCAGACAUUAAGGAAGGGUUUUCUUAUUUGGAGUCUCAACGGCACGAUGCUUGCCUCACGGAGAUGCAGGCUCCAAAAGUGAUGCAUGCUUCUACAGCAGAACUGAAUUACUCACCACCACGUGACUCUAAGCACCAGAUGUGCAACGCCUCCAGUGUCAGUCAGCACGCCUCUACUGCUUUCAGUGGGUAUUCCUACAUGUCUUUAGUAGAAGAUCCUUAUUUUUCAUCAUUGCCUCCAAGUAGCGCGGGUUCUAAGAUGUCUCUUGAUUUACCUGAGAAGGAAGAUGGAACUGGUUUUCCUUGCUCUUUGUUGCCCAAAUCCUCUUCAACUCUCUUCUCCGACUGUAAUUCACGUGAUUCUUUGGUGCUGAAUCCUCCAACCAAUUUUUCCCCACCACUGAACCAAGCGACAGCUGUAAUGGCAACUUCUCCAGGGAUGGAUGAGGAAACUCCCCCUCCACUUCCUGAACGGACCCCGGAGUCUUUCAUUGUGGUGGAGAAAGCUGGAGAAUUCUCAGCCAGCGGUCCGGAGUCCUCAUCUGCAGCUGGGAAAGUGAAACCAGAAACCUCACAAGAGUGGAGUGGACCGGCUGAAUCAGAGCAGUUUGAUGAGUCGGUGAGACUUAGGCCAAGCAAGAGUAUAAAACUUCGGAGUCCCAAAUCAGAUCUGCAUCGAGAUCGCUCUGCUUCCCCACCACCUCCACUCCCGGAGAGAACCCUUGAGUCCUUCCUCCUUGCUGAUGAAGAUUGUAUGCAGCCCCAACGUAUAGAAACUUAUUCUGCUGGCUGUCCUGAAACCACAGAAAAUUCAACAUCUUCGAAACAGACAUUGAAGACUCCUGGGAAAGGUUUCACAAGGAGCAAGAGUUUGAAAAUUUUGCGAAACGUGAAAAAAGGCAUCUGUAAUUCUUCCCCACCAAGCAAGCCAACAGAAACCGUUCAGUCAAAUAACUCCAGUUCCUUUCUGAAUUUUGGUUUUGCAAAACGUUUUUCAAAACCCAAAGGACCAAGGAACCCACCACCAACUUGGAAGAUUUAAUACAACUGUGGAUUAAAAGAAUUAGAUUGCAAAUGCAUCUGCAAAUAAAAUCACUAGAAUACAGCCAGAUAAAAUAAGUACUCUUUAUUCAUAACAAUAAUGAUGUACUAAUGCUUUCAAAAAGAAAGCAAUAUGCAAAUAAGUGCCAGCAGUUUUGCAUUUUCAUAUCACAUUGGGUUGGAAUCUGUAGAUAAGCUGUCACUUGGGCUUAUGUGAAGAAUGCCAUAUCAGGGGCUGGUAUUGUGGUGUGGCAGGUUAAGUCACUGUUUGCCAUGCUGGCAUUCGCUAGCAGAGUGCCAGUUUGAGUCCAGGCUACUCCGCUUCCAAUCUAGCUUCCUGCUAAUGUGCCUGGGAAGGAAAUUGAAGAUGGCUCUAGUGCUUGGACCUCUGCCACCACGUGGAGAUCAGUUGGAGUUCCUGGCUCCUGGUUUCAGCAUCGUCCAGAUCUGCUGUAAGAAGCAGGAUGGAAGAUCUCUCUGUCUCUCCCUCUCUAUUGCUCUGCCUUUCAAACAAAUAAGUAAGUCCUAAAACAAAAAGAGUGCUGUAUGACACACAAUGUGAGUUAGAAUGGAUAUAUUUUUCAUUUUUGGAAGUCAUUUGAUUACUUUUCUAUAUAACUGUAAACUUUAAAAGCAUUGUUAAGAAUUGGAUCACAAAUUUCUACACUGCCAGAAUUUAGCAGUUCAAAACAGGGGCUGAUGUUGUGGCACAGCAGGUGAAGCAGCUGCUUGCAACGUUGGCAUCCCAAAUCAGAACUGGGGUUCAGGUCCCAGCUGCUGUUCUUCUGAUCCAACUUCCUGCUACCGUGCCUGGGAAAGUAGUGGAUAAUGGUCCAGGUAGUUGGCCCCUGCUAGCCACGUGGGAGACCAGGAUGGAAUUCCUGGCUCCUGGUUUCAGCCUUCCCAGACCUGGCUGUUGCCGUCAUUCUGGGGAGUGAGUCAGUGAAUGGAAGAUCUCUCUUUCUCUCCCUGCCUUUCAAAUAAAUAAAUAAAUAAUAAACUUUAAAAAAAGUUAGAAAACAUCUUUUGUCAUUGUAGUACAAAAUUUCUGCUUAACAAUGACUAUUCCCUGGGAAUUAUUUUUACCUAAGUGGAGGCUUACAUAUCUUCCCACUAAUAUUGUGGGAAACUAAAAAGAAAAGCAGAAGUUAUAUUUAAGAGACUAAUCUGUGAACAUAAUGACAGUAAUCAUUCUUAAUAGAAUAUUCAACUACAUUGUGAUAAAUUUUAACCAUACUUACUAAAUUAUUAAUUCUAGAAAAAGAAUCAAUAAAAUAGCUAUUUUUUGGUAGCACUUUCAUUUAAAAGGUCCUGUACAAACAUGUGCAUUUUCCACCCAAUCUUUCAGAGGUAUUGCUAGUUUAAAAUAUAUUUCUGUAUGAAUAUAGGUCUGCCUUAACAAAAUUUGCCAUUUCAAAUUAAUUUCAUGUAACAUUAGUGGAUAAUUGUUACAAAGGAGUCACUUGAAUUCCACUAAUGAUUUCACAUCUUUUUAUUAAUACGAAAGGUUUAUAAUUUUUAGAAAAAUGUAUUACAUAAGGCCAGAGUUGUGGCAUAGUUGGUAAAGCCGCACCUGGGAUACUGGUUCAUGUCCCAGCAGCUCCACUUCCCAUCGAGUUCAGCAGAAGAUGGCCCAAGUGCUUGGGUCCCUGCACCUGCGUGAGAGACCCGGAAGAAACUCCUGGCUCCGCUCCUGGCAGCCCUGGCUGUUUCUCCUGUGUGUGUGUGUGCGCGUGUGUGUGCGCGCACGCGUGUGUGUGUGUGUGUGUGUGUGUGUGUGUUUUGUAGCAAUCUGGGGAGUGGACCAGCAGGUGGAAGUGAUCUCUCUCUCCGACUUCCAAAUAGAUAACAUACAUAAAUCUUUUAAAAAAUGUAUUACUUAAAUAUCAUUUUCUCUUAAAUAUUAGGAUUAGGAAGCCUAAUGAUGGGGCAAAAUGAAUGAAAUAGUUACCUGUUAUGA